UUUUAUUAUUCUCUCWGACGAAUCACGCGAAGAAGAAAAUGACAUUUCCGUGUCAGUCAAGACACACUCAGUGUUAUCAUUUUUCGGAAGUUGUCUUAAAAUWAAAAUAAAAUAUGUUUGAUUGAGAGAAACAAGAAUGUGUCAAAMUCUUUAAAGAAGUAAAAUAUAUUCAACCAAGGCGUUUAAUAAAACAACAAAGAUGAAUUAACUAUAGUUUCUUUGUGAUUCCAACUAAACGGCUAAAACCAGACUAAAUCAUUUUAUUUUGAAAAGUUUCAACGGAAGUAGUGUCUGGUGAAGUUCGAAACUUAAUGGUUAAGCAGUUAACAGACGUGGAGUUUAGAGAGGCAGCUUCCAGCUUGAUAUUCAACGCCUCCUUGUCAAAGAUGAUAUAAGCUUCAAAUGUAACUUAUGGCGUUUUUCUUUUUUUAUCUUAGCGACAUAAUCACUAAGUGGCUUUCUGGUUYAAAAUGACAGCGUAGCGUGAUGAUACUUCAGUGAAAACAUCCGGUGCUUCCUCAUCAGUCGUGUAGAAGGAUUCACUCUUGAGAUUAGCUGCUGUAGAGACGUGAUUUGAUGUGUGAGAUUGAUAAGAACGGCUGAAAAUAUGUCACCUGUUCCCGUCCUGCCGCUGGUCAUCAGCUGUUUCAUGUCAGCUCUGGGCUGCUUGGCCACACUCAAACUCAUCCCUGCCUUCAAAGAUCAUUUCAUCUCAGCCAGACUCUACGGGAUGGACCUAAACAAGACAAACAAAGACAAAGUCCCAGAGUCUCAAGGAGUAAUCAGUGGUACAGUUUUCCUCAUCAUCCUCUUCUGCUUCAUCCCAGUGCCUUUCCUCAGCUGCUUUGUGGGCGAUCAGUGCACGGGCUUCCCACAUGACGAGUUUGUGCAGCUGAUUGGUGCCCUUCUCGCCAUCUGCUGCAUGAUCUUUUUGGGCUUUGCUGAUGACGUGCUGAACUUGCGUUGGAGGCACAAGCUCCUCCUUCCUACCAUGGCUUCUCUGCCGCUGCUCAUGGUCUACUUCACAAACUUUGGAAAUACUGUCAUAGUGGUGCCCAAGCCCUUCAGAGCACUGCUUGGGAUGCAUUUAGAUCUGGGUAUCCUCUAUUACGUCUACAUGGGGAUGCUUGCAGUGUUUUGCACAAAUGCCAUCAACAUCUUAGCAGGCAUCAAUGGCAUCGAAUCGGGUCAAGCCCUGUUUAUAUCUGGUUCCAUCAUCGUCUUUAACCUGCUGGAGCUCAGUGGGGAUUACCGGGAUGACCACGUCUUCUCUCUCUACUUCAUGAUCCCUUUCUUCUUCACCACACUAGCACUUUUUUACCACAACUGGUAUCCCUCGUCUGUGUUUGUGGGAGACACUUUCUGUUACUUUGCCGGGAUGACCUUCGCUGUUGUUGGCAUCCUGGGACACUUCAGUAAGACCAUGCUGCUGUUCUUCAUUCCUCAAGUGGUCAACUUCAUCUACUCGUUACCUCAGCUUUUCCACAUCAUCCCCUGUCCCAGACACAGGCUCCCCAGGCUGGAUCCAGACACUGGAAAACUGGGAAUGAGCUACUCUAAAUUUAAAAAGAAAGAUCUCUCCCAACUGGGAUUACUCAUUCUGCAGGUGGCAGAGUUAUUAAAGGUGCUGGAGGUGCGGCGAGGCCAGGAUGGAGAUGGAGACUUUAUCGAGUGCAACAACAUGACUUUAAUAAACCUCGUACUGAAAUUCUUCGGGCAAAUCCACGAGAGAAACCUGACGGUCAUCAUGCUCGUCAUACAGGUGAUGGGCAGCGCUUUGGCUUUUGGGAUUCGUUAUCAUCUGGUGCGUCUCUUCUAUGACGUCUAGACACCUCUCUGUUAAAACUGAGAAAAACUCACCUUGUUGUGGAAAUACCUCGCAGGCUUGUGCCUGUCAUUUUUCCACCGGCAGGAAAGCCAAAACGCUAAGUUAGAUUAUCAACAGCAGGACUGAAUCCAAACAGGAAAUACAACUGGUUGCUUAAUUUAUUGCAAAAAAUCCGGAGAGUAUAUAUUUGUACUUUUUUUUUUUUUU